ACAGACACAUUUCCGUUUAGCUUUUCAUACCUAAAAUUGCUCCUUUCUUCACACAAUUUGUCCCCUUUUAUAAGUUCCACCAAACUCAACGCUCGUAGCCUCUGAAUUAAAUCUCUUCCCUCGAACUUUCUCUCCUAUAACUCACCGUAAACCCUAGUCUCAAAAUUCCUAAAUCUGUUUCUCUCCUGAGCAUUAGUGUUCUCUCACACGCUGCUCUUCUCCCUUACUCCCUAUGAUUUCAAAUUUGCGAAAAAAAGAAAAAUAAAGAACGAGAAUGGAGAAAAGGGGAAGUAGCAGAAAGAGAAGAGAGGAGAAAUGACAAGAGAAAACGAGAAGAAGAGAAAUGAGCCUUCCCAUUUGGUGUAGUGGUAUCAUAGUACCCUCCCCACAGUACUGGCCGGUGUUCAAUUCCCCGGAUGUGCACUUUUUUUUAUUUAAACAUUUUGCGUAAUUAUAAGAAUUAAGCAUAAAAAUUUAUAGAACCUUCUUUCCCUGGUAAUUUUAACCAUGAAUUGGGUUGUGAGAGUGAGAUGAACGACAGGGUGAGGAGUGUGAUUUUUCUUCUUCAGAACUUUUGUGACAGUCAGAAGCAAGUUCGGCAGAUAAAUGCUCAACUCAUCCGCCGUAACCUCUAUCCAAACACCACAAUCGCAGAGCACUUCAUCGGCGCGUGCUAUUCACACGGCCUUAUAAACUCCGCUCUUCUUCUCUUCACCACCCUCCUCCCUUCUCCCCAUGUUUACAUCUUCAACACCCUCAUCAGAGUCUUCUCCCAAUCCCAAACCCCACACACCCCUCUCUUAAUCUACGCCCACAUGCGCCGCAACAACGUUCUCCCCAACAACUUCACUUUCCCACCUCUCUUCAAGGCCCUCUCCGACGCCCGCCACGUCACCCAAGCCCGCUGCGUCCACACCCACGUCCUCAAACUCGGCCACCACCAAGACCUCUUCGUUGCCAAUGCCCUCCUCGACGUCUACGCCACGAGCCGCCAAGUGGGGUUCUGCCGCAGCCUGUUCGAUGAAAUGCUUCAGAGAGACGUCGUUUCCUGGAGCGUGUUGAUCGCCGGGUUCAACAACGUUGGGAACUAUGAUGAUGCCUUGGUUGUGUUUGAACAAAUGCAGUAUGCCGGUUUUGUGCCUAAUAGGGUCACCAUGAUCAACGCCUUGCAUGCUUGCGCUCACUCUGGUAAUGUUGAAAUGGGGGCGUGGAUACAUGGGGCUGUAAAAAGGGGGGAUUGGGAAUUGGAUGUCAUACUGGGGACGGCUUUGGUUGACAUGUAUGGGAAAUGUGGGAGAGUUGAGGAUGGGUUGAGUGUGUUCUGGAGUAUGAAGGAAAAAAAUGUGUUUACUUGGAAUGCUGUUGUAAAAGGGUUAGCUUUGGCUAAGAGUGGACAAGAGGCGAUUCGGUGGUUUAACAGAAUGAAGAAGGAGGGUGUUAGAGCGGAUGAAGUGACUUUGUUGGCGGUUUUAUCUGCGUGCAGUCACUCGGGUUUGGUGGACAAGGGUAGGGAGAUUUUUGGUUUGUUGGUUGAUGGGAGGUAUGGGUUUUGCGCUAAUGUUAAACACUAUGCUUGUAUGGUUGACGUGUUGGCGCGUUCUGGGCGUUUGCAUGAAGCUGUUGAGUUCAUGGGACGCAUGCCUUUUGGACCCACCAAAGCUAUGUGGGGAUCGCUGUUAUUUGGUUCUAAAGUUCAGGGUGACUUGGAGUUGGGCCUGCUGGCUGCUGAAAAGCUCAUUGAAUUGGAUCAGGAGAACUCUACCUAUUACGUUCAUCUCUCGAAUAUGUAUGCUGCAAUGGGCAGAUGGGGGGAUGUUGAGAAAGUGAGAGGGGUGAUGAAGGACAGACAACUGACUAAGGACUUGGGAUGUAGUUCUCUGGAGGUAGAACACCAAAGACAUGUAAACGAAUUUUUGGCGUAGUAACUAAGUAUUGUCGUGUUGAACAUAAGGUAUAUUCCUGUCUGGUGUCAAGGACAAACCCCUUGAGAUACUUCUAUACAAACAAACCAGGAAAUCAAACUUCUUGCCACAUGCUUUUAA